AUGUCCAUCCCAGAAAAGACUGAUGUCCUCGUCAUUGGAGGUGGGCCGGCUGGUUCCUAUGCAGCUUCUGUGCUAGCUCGGGAGGGAGUAGAUGUCGUACUGCUUGAAAGCGACAAAUUUCCAAGAUACCAUGUUGGCGAGAGCAUGCUCGCAUCUAUGCGUUUCUUCCUACGAUUUAUCGACCUAGAGAAGACAUUUGAUGCUCACGGGUUCCAGAAGAAGUUUGGUGCAACCUUCAAGAUUACGGAGAAGAAGGCAGCUUACACCGACUUUGCCGCUGCGCUUGGCCCUGGCGGUUUCUCAUGGAACGUCGUCCGAUCAGAAUCGGAUGAGCUAAUCUUCAAACACGCUGGCGAGAGUGGCGCUAAAACUUUCGAUGGGACUAAAGUAGAGUCUCUUACUUUUGAAUCAUACUCAGACGGCGAAUUCAGUGCCGAGAACCACCUUGCCAACCCUGGGCGUCCAACUACUGCAACCUGGAGUCGCAAGACUGGCGAGACUGGCACAAUUCAAUUUGGACAUGUCAUUGAUGCCAGCGGUCGCAACGGCAUUAUUUCUACCAAAUACCUUAAGAACCGCCGAUUCAAUCAAGGGCUGAAAAAUAUCGCGAAUUGGACUUAUUGGAAGGGUGCUACCAAAUACAACGCGGGCAGUGAGACCGAGAAUUCGCCAUUCUUCGAGGCUUUGUCAGAUGGGAGCGGAUGGGUGUGGGCGAUCCCACUGCACAACGAUACGCUCUCCUGCGGUAUCGUUGUCUAUCAAGAGCUCUUUUUCGCCAAAAAGAAGGCAUCCGGUCUGGAUGGGCUCUCCUUCUACAAGGAAUAUCUCAAGCUUGCGCCGCAGAUCAACUCUAUGGUUGCAAAUGCUGAGAUAGUCAGUGAGAUGAAGCAGGCUUCGGACUGGUCCUACAGCGCUUCUGCGUAUGCUGGUCCGGGUUUCAGGAUCGUGGGAGACGCUGGCUGCUUUGUCGAUCCGUACUUCUCCUCUGGAGUACACCUCGCUCUGACGUCCGGUCUCUCAGCGGCGGUCACAAUCCAAGCCGUCCGCCGUGGACAGGCUGGAGAAGAGCAAGCUGCCAAGUGGCAUGCUACCAAGGUCUCGGAAGGUUACACCCGUUUUCUGCUGCUUGUCAUGACGGUUCUCCGGCAAUUGAGGAUGAAAGAAGCAGCACUCAUUACUUCCGAGCAGGAAGAAGGUUUCGAUAUGGCGUUCAAGACCAUACAGCCGGUCAUUCAAGGCAUCGCUGACACAAAUACGGAGGAUGCUGACGUCCAAAAGCGAACAGCUAAGUCAAUCAACUUUGGGCUAGAGUCCAUGAAUGUGUCUUCUGCGGCAGAGGAUGCGGUAGUGAAGAAGAUUAGAGAGGCAGAGAACAGACCGGAGAUGCUCGAGAAGCUGACAACGGAAGAGGUUUCCAUCCUCGACCGAAUCACUAAGCGGACGUUUGCACACGAGAAAGACGAGCUAAAUCUCACCCACUUCACUGGUGAGGUGAUUGAUGGGUUUUCAGCCAGACUUGUGCGUGGCGAUCUUGGCUUCGUCAACCAUGCGGCCCAACCGGCCACUGCUGACCAGCCCGUCGUCAGUGCUGCGGUUGAUAUGAGUGGACUGGACCGGAACAUCAAGCAGGCAGCAUGA